UCGUCAUUUCUAUCCAGCUGCACUCUCUCUGUGAAACUCUUGGUGGAUCGUUCUACGAAAAAAAGAAAACCUCCCCAUCACCUCCCACAUCACGUGCACGAUGAGGAUUAUAUUAUUGAUAAUCCCAGCUUGUCUGCUGGUGACCUCGGGAGCCCGGAGAGUACAAAUUCGACCACGAGUCGCGGAGCCUCAGGUCUAUUACGAGGAGGAGGACAACCAGCAGGCGGAGGAUGAAUACGAGGCGCCGAUUUAUCAGCCACGAGCACGAGCCCUACCCUCCCCUCGCUCCAAAGACACGCUCCAAGGAUCGAAACCACCUCCGGUCCAAACAAUCCGCAAUUAUAACAAAGUUAACGACGACGGCUCCUUCACUUUUGGCUAUGAAGCUGCGGACGGGUCAUUUAAGGAAGAAACACGUGGAACGGAUUGCGUGGUCCGGGGCAAGUACGGCUAUGUCGACCCCGAUGGUAACAAAAGAGAGUUUACGUAUGUUUCUGGAAAUCCUUGCGAUCCGAAUGCACCAAAAGACGAGGAUGAUCUGGCUGAUAAGGAGGAAGAAAUCGCUGGUCCUGCCAACUACCCAGCUGCAAGGCCCAUCCAACGACCAGUUAGGCCCAACUAUCCAGCCACCACACCCAGAGUACCAACCACCAUCUUCCAAACCGAGUACCAACUAGACGACGACGCCAGCCAGGAACUCGAAGAAGUCUCCCGUCCAGCGACCAGACCCUCCGCCUUCAGACGCCCCGUCCUCAGAGUCACCGAACCCACCACCUCCAGCUUAUACCAACCCAACCCCACCUCCGAACCCGUCUACCGACUCGCCAGCAGCACCCUCGCUGGCCCCCGCUACCAACUGGCCCAAACCACCUCCUCCCCCCAUCGCUCACCCUCCCCCUCAUCAGCCUCCACCAUCUACCAACCCAUCGAGGCCAGCACCCGCGCCACCACCAUCGCUCGCCAAAGACCUCAAUCCGUCGCCAUCACUCCUCGCCCCCACGUCGCCCAAGUCGCCGCCCAAUACGUCGGUCCCAGUAGCACCGAGAGGCCCGGCGUCGUAUUCGCCCCCAGGACCUACCACCCAACAUCAGCCACCACCAGCCUACCACCCCGUGCCGUCUCCUCCACGCCACCGCCUCAGAAUCUCGACUUUGCCGCCGAACUCGAACGCUACGUCAACUCCGUCGCCCUGACGUCCUCCCCAACAGCCCGGCCCCAAGGUCACCCCAAGGCAAAGAGUUCACCGUCAGCCGAGCCCAUCUAUCAGUCCGAAUUAGUUUACGAUCCCGCAACCGGUCAGUACAAUACACAACUUUAUCAGUCCUUACCACAAACCGUUGGCGAUAUCAGCCUCAGUCACAAGCUCCAACCAUUCGUAGCCCAGCCUCAACAACUCGCGCCCAUCCAGCAGCUGUCCCAGGCCCAGCGGCAGAACCCCAUCUACCGUCAACCUCCACCUCAACCUUCAUCAUCAUCAUCGCAGAUCGCUAGACAACCCCAGGAGGCAAUCUACAGGAAGCAGCAGGCCGAGAUCUUCCAGCAGUCCCAACAACUCUACGCACAACAACAGAGACGUCAACAGCAGCCCCAGAGGUUUCAACUUCUAGAUCCUCAGAGGGACGCUCAGUCGUUCUACUACGUUCAAUCGCCACCUCAUGGACAGCACGCCGGUGGCUCACUCUCCGCCGGUCAAAUUGAUCAGUUCCUUCGUGGUAAUGCCGAGGGCUUUUGAAAACUGAUCUUCUAAAGAUCGGUUUCUCUUUUUUUUCCGAAUACGUGUAGAUUGUCCAUAUUUGCGUUAGUUCACACGUCUACAGUUUUGGAAUACGAACCAGUCUAUCAAACAAACAAUCAAUCAAUCAAUCAAUCGAAGUCAACAAAAAAUAUUCGCACAAUUUACGAAAGUCGUUCGUGAACGAUAUGGGAUAGAAAAGGAUGGGAAUAUUCUAUCCUUUUCUAAUCCAUGGUUUGCGUUCGCGAACGACAUUGUGCUUGGGCCUUAAAAGAACUUGUAGACGAACCCUAAUCGAAGAAACGCAUGCGCAAUGGAGGUGUCACCGUUUUCCAAGAAAAAAAAAACAGUGAAUCCAAAGAGAACGUCGUGCAUGCAUUUACUCUCCUAUUUUCCCCUGGGGAAUAUUUUUAUUUUACUGUUUUUAUUUGGGGUCCUACUUAGGUCCAAUUGGGCUGAUUAGGUCCUACUUUGGGCCAAUUGACCUUAUUGAGUCUUAAUUAAUUGGCCUUAUUAGGCCCCCCUUAGAGCCAAUUGGCCUUAUUAAGUACUACUUAGGUGCAAUUGGCCUUAUUAAGUCUAAGGGGGCCCUAUUAGAUCCAAUUGGCCUUAUUAGGCCCUCUUUAGGGCCAACUGGCCUUAUUAGGCUCUUCUUAGGGUUAAUUGGCCUUAUUAAGUCCUAUUUAGGUUCAAUUGGCCUUAUUAAAUCUAAGGGGGGGGCCAUUAGAGCCAAUUGGCUUUAUUAAGAACUACUUAGAUCCAAUUGACCUUAUUAGGCCCUCUUUAGGGCCAACUGGCCUUAUAAGGCUCUUCUUAGGGUUAAUUGGCCUUAUUAAGUCCUAUUUAGGUUCAAUUGGCCUUAUUAAAUCUAGGGGGGGGGGCAUUAGAGCCAAUUGGAUUUAUUAAGUACUACUUAGGUUCAAUUGGCCUUAUUAAGUCUAAGGGGGGCCCCUUAGAGCCAAUUGGCCUUAUUAGGUCCUCUUUAGGACCAAUUGGCCUUAUUAGGUUCUAUCUAGGUCCAAUUGACCUUAUUAGGUUCUACCUAAGUCCACUUGGCCUCAAUAGGUCCUACUAAGGACUAAUUGGCCUUAUUAGGUACAAUUAGCCAAAUUAGGCCGAUUUAGCAUAAUUCGGACCCUUAACUCGACCUGGCCCAACCGAACCCAAUUUUAAAAAUGACUUUAAAUUUUUUCUUGCAAAAAUAAAAAAUUUCUUUCAAACUUUCAAGGAAAAAGUAGAUAGGAAAGUAUGUUGAGGAUUUUUAAUAAAGUUUUGUGAAAAAAUAUUUAAGCUACUAUAUGAGGACUGUUAAUAAACAACGUAUAGUCACUGUGGGAAAUUUCUAGUCGAACCCCCAAAUUAGGGGCCACAAAAUCGAAUUAAAUAUAAACGUUUUUUUUUAUUUUUCUUAUUUUCGACUUUAAAGAAAAAUCUUUAGCCCCAUUUUGACUAAAAGCACAGUUUACGUUUAGAACCAUUUCUCACUGAAUUUUAGCCUUGAAAGCAGGAUAUUUAGCCUUAAAUUUUAAAACCCAAAAUUUUAAAAUAUAGUUUUAAAUUAAAAUCUACGUUUGAAAAUGAUUAAAAAUAGCAAAAAAAAAAUUAAUUUUUGUCAACACAAUAUUUAUAUUUUGGAUUUGGAAUAUUUGGAUUUACAUUAUAUUACAGUUCUAUUACAAUUUAAAAUUUAGAAACAAAAAUUCAAAAAGCAGUGGAAAAAAUAAUAGAAAAGUAUAAAUUAAAACUAUGAAAAAAUUUUAAUGAAUUGACUUGCUGAUAAUUGACAAUUGUUUCGUGAAAAAUUCCGGGAAAAUUCAAAUAGAAAAGUAUAAAAAAUAGAAAGGAAAAAAGAAUAAGAAAAUAUAGAAAAAAAUUUUUAAAAACAAUAGAAAAGUAUAAAGGAAAAAAAAGCAUAAGAAAAUAUAGAAAAACAAUAGAAAAGCAUAAAAAAAGGAUAAAGAGGAACAGUUAUAACAAUGUAUAGAAAAACAAUAGAAAAGUAUAAAAAGUAUAAAGAAAAAAAAAUUAUAACAAUUUAUAGAAAAUCAAUUAAAAAAACAAAAGAAAAGAAUAAAGAAAAAAAAUUACAACAAAAU